AUGGAAAUCAGCUGGCUCUACCCUUCCCUCACUCUCCUUCUCAUCCUCUUAAUCUCCUUCAAAUCAUUCUCACGAAAGGGCAAAAACCACAAACUCCCGCCAAGCCCGGCCCGAGCCCUCCCUAUCCUUGGUCACCUCCAUCUCCUCAAGGCCCCAAUCCACCGCACUUACCACCGCCUCGCCCAGAGAGCGGGACCCAUCUUCUCCCUCCGCCUCGGCCGCCGCCUUGCCGUCGUCGUCUCCUCCUCGGAUAUCGUCGAGGAAUGCUUCACCCGAAACGACAUCGUCCUCGCAAACCGCCCCCGGCUGAUGAUCGGCAAAUACAUCGGCUACAACUACACCACACUCGCCGGCUCCCCCUACGGAGACCACUGGAGGAACCUCCGCCGGCUGACGACCAUCGAGGUCUUCUCCGGCGCGCGGCUCAACACGUUCAACUCCAUCCGGCACGAUGAGGUCCGACUCCUGCUGCGGAAGCUCCACAACUCCGGGGGAUUUGCGAGGGUGGAGCUCAGAUCUGGGCUUAUGGAGGUGACCUUCAACAACAUCAUGCGGAUGGUGGCCGGGAAGAGGUACUUCGGGGUGGUCGACGACGGUGAUGAGGAAGCCAGGGAGUUCCGGGAGCUGAUUGAGGAGGUUCUCGGCUACGGCGGCGUGUCCCACCCGGCGGAUUUCUUCCCGGUGCUGAGGUGGAUCGAUUACAAGGGGUUCCAGAAGAAAUUGGCCACGGUAAGCCGGAAAAUGGAUGCCGUUUUGCAGCGGCUGAUCGACGAUCAACGGCAGAGCAAGGGCGGCAACACCAUGAUCGAUCACCUCCUUUCCCUGCAGGAGAAUGAACCCGAGUACUACAAUGACGUCACCAUUAAAGGAAUUAUUCUGGUUAUGCUGCUCGCCGGGACCGACACGUCAGCAGUGACAGUAGAAUGGGCCAUGUCCGCCCUACUCAACAACCCCGAGAAACUCCACAAGGCCAGAAUCGAGAUCGACAAUGUCGUCGGGAAAGACCGCCUAAUCAAAGAGUCCGAUUUAUCCAACCUCCCUUACCUCCAGCACGUUAUAUCCGAGACAUUCCGAUUGUUCCCAGCAGCUCCGUUGCUUGUACCUCACGAGGCAUCGAGUGAUUGUACCAUCGGUGGGUACCAUAUACCACGUGGCACGAUCCUGAUUGUCAACGCAUGGGCCAUUCAUAGGGACCCCAAAAUUUGGGACGACCCGACCAGCUUCACUCCCGAGCGUUUUGAAGCUGGAGAGGUUGGACCGACAAAGUUGAUACCGUUUGGGAUGGGAAGGAGGUCGUGCCCGGGUAUGGGCCUGGCCCAACGUAUGGUGGGCUUGAUCUUAGGGUCUCUGAUUCAGGGCUUUGAGUGGCGAAGGGUUGAUGAGGCCUUGGUCGAUUUGGCAGAAGGGCCCGGGACAUCGAUGCCCAAAGUGAUACCGCUGGAGGCCAUGUGCAAAUCCCGUGAUGUGCUGCAGAAUGUGUUUGGUGCGGCAGCCUGA